GCCCACAUUGCCUGACUAUCAGAUUGCUCGAGCGCUCGAAAGCUGGUCGCGAAGACGGUAUGGCUCAUCAGCAUCCUUCGAGCUCAGACGAUCCCGCGGUGUACUUCACAACGCUGCCCGCAAUCCGCGAAAGAUGCCGAGCAGUAUUUGACAUUGCUUCAGCCAACAGACUCCAAUACUGGAACGUCGACUUGUCCCAGCAAGACGCUAUCGUCGACUUUUGCUGUGCGCUGAUCGAGCGUGACUACGGCAACAAGUACGCUUCCAUACCGCCUCAUGGCCGCAUGCGGCAUUUUGUGGGAGACAGACUCACACCUCUGCUGGAGCGAUGGCAAGACCAAGGUCGACUGGAAGCAUGCAGAAAGAUCGUCGAUCUCCUCGUCGUGUCCGUCUUGCUCGACGCAGGCGCCGGUAGUCAGUGGACCUAUCGGCCGAAGCAAGGCACAGAAGCAGAGCGAAUCAACGGCAUCGGGCGCAGCGAAGGUCUUGCAGUAGCUAGUCUCGAGAUGUUCGAGCAAGGUACUUUCAGCGGCAAGCCAGACGAUCCCUAUCGCGUCGACGCGCUGGGCUUAUCGAAGAUCUCGACGGAUGUCAUCUCACAAGGCCUGCAAGUCAACGAUGAAAAUUGCAUGACAGGUAUCGAAGGACGAGCAAAUGUGCUCGUAAGGCUCGGCCAGGUCUUGCUCGAUCCAGAGAACCAGGAAUACUUCAGAAAUCGGGAAAAUGUGCCAGGCCAGCUUGGCCUUCGACCUGGCAAUCUUAUAGACUACCUCUUGUCGCAUCCGGAGGCGAAGCAGAUGCCCUCGGCGACUUCUCUUCCCAUCUCACUACCAGUCUCUGCUCUCUGGACAAUCAUCACGCAAGGACUGGGCGGUGUCUGGCCUGCAUCGCGUACAAAAAUCGAUGGCAAAGCUAUCGGCGACGUCUGGCCUUGCGAGAGCUUGCGCAAACGGGUCGACAGCGAUACAGCCGCUCUCGUGCCCUUUCACAAGCUCAGUCAAUGGCUCUGUUACUCCUUGCAGGAAGCAAUGCAGUCCAUACUGGGCUGGCAGUUCGAAGGUACCGAGCAUCAGACUGGUCUGCCCGAGUAUCGCAAUGGUGGCUUGCUCGUCGACUUUGGUCUGCUGACUAUCAAACCCGAGGCCGUGCUACAGUCCCUUGACAAGCCUGUGCCGUCCGAGCUGCCACGGCCACUUGACUUGCCGCCUUUGCCGGCCUCUCACAGCGCCAUUGUUGAGUUCAGAGCAGUAACAGUCAUCAUGCUCGAUCGUAUCGCCGAAGCUAUCCGUGCGAAGCUCGGUACGAAGCUGAGCCUCGCACAAGUCUUGGAAGCCGCAACUUGGAAAGCCGUACGUGCUUCUCGGCUGCUGGCCUGCUAGUCUGAUGCCGAGCAGGGUCGGGAGAUUGCAAAGCAGAAGCGCCCGCCUGUCGGCGGCCCGCCCCUAGCAAUCGAACUCGAUGGAACGAUCUUCUGAGCUAGAUAGUCUUGCUCAGUCUCCAUGUCAUGUACGCGGCCACAGCGGCCGACAAUCCGCCCAGUCUAUUCGUCAAAUCAGCAUGCAUACGUGCAUAGCACCAAUGACCAACCUGAAGAUGACCGCGACGCCAUUCCAAGAUGCCUGGGGAGCAAUGUCGGUCUCGCCCGAUGCUUGCGGCGUCAAAAACGCGAAGAUCAACGACG